CUCACAUUACAGGAAUGAUUGGUUUUGUGGGUUGUCAAUCCACCACAACCAAAUCCCUUCCCUCUUUCCAUGCCCAUUUUGCUGGCUAAGCCUUAGCUUUUGUCAGUAAGGUUGUGUCAGGCAGGAGGAAACCAGUAGCAUUUACACAAGGAGGCGGCUGAAACCAUGCAGCCUUUGGACUCAGAGAGAGGCUUAAUUAAAAUCAGCCACUGUAAGAGAGACAUCUUUGCCUUCUUUGUGCCCAAGCACUGCCCCUUAUGUGGGCAAAGUCUGGCCUACAGAAGACUGGAAGAAGCACCUGUCAGCAUUCCCAGCCCUUUUGUGAAUGGUCACAGAGAAAGAUGUUCGUUUUUACUCAAACCUACUUCAGGAACAUUUCUAAGAGAGUAUGAUGGACAUUCUGAUCUUCAUGUUGGAAUAACCAACACCAACGGUUUAGUAUAUGAUUACAAUGAAACUGGAGUUCACAUAUCAGAAUAUGGGUGGGAACAAUGUGUGAGUGUUCCCCUCGUCCAGCCUGACAUGUAUGAUCUGCUUACGCAGUGGGAUAUAUACCUAGAACAAUUCUCAGAAGCAGACAUCUGGCUUCCUCACAGGUAUCAAGAACAUUUCCACAACUGUUACACAUAUGCACUGACAUUUAUUAACUGUGUGCUGAAUGCCCAAAAGAAGCAGCAAAUGAAUAAAAAUGAGUUUACAGAAAGGUUUGUGAUUCCACGGACAAGAAAAGCUUCCAAGUAUAUCACCAUCUACAAGGAAAUACGCAAGAAUGGCUUCUAUGCUGUUGAUCACCCUGAUCAAGACAACCAAACUUCCCCUGGGAGCCAAGAGCAUUUGUAAGGAAGCAGUUGUAUGGCGCAAAUAAAAGUAAAACUGUCAGGUGAAGAUAUGAAUACCUUUCUGUUCUCGCACAAGGAAAAUGAGAAGCUGGGAAAGCAACAUGAUUUAAUAUAUGUUUUCACAUGAGAAAGUCCCACUGAGAUCAAUUAAGAUUACUCCCAGUUGUCCAUAAGAUGGCAGAACCUUGAGACACAGGCCUGAAUUCAGUAGGCCUUUAGUGUAAAUAUCCACAUGUGGGCAUAUGCCAUCACAACAUGACACAACCCAUGUGCAGAAUAGAAACAUAAGGCAGCGAACGUAGGCAAAUGAGACAGUUGCACAAUGACCAAACUGAAAUGUGUAAUGCAGUGUGGACAGUGUGCUGCAUUAGGCUGGCUGUAGUUGUUUCACAAACUCCUCCAUUUCACAAUGCCAAAUUUUUCAUACUGCAUGCACAUAUUACUUCCUAAAUUCCAGCCAUAAUGUGAUAAUUUUCAAGAGGCUUCUCUCUACUUUCCUGAAAAGUGACAUUUACUGUUUCAUAAAAUAAAGUCAUUGGCUUCAUUUUUAACGAGGCAUAGCCCUUCCUUUCUUGAUGGGACUAAAACCCAAGAGGAUGCUGCUUAUGGAGGUUUAUACGUCUGGAAGCUAUCUUCUCUUACUGCUCCCUCCAGCCCUUUAGGAGCAUAAGGGGCUAUAGGAGAAAGGGGUGAAAGUCUCCACUUCUGCUCAUUCUGGCAAGAAUGUAUGUGAGUAGAACUCCACUCAAGGGAUAAUCUUUUCAACAAACUCAGGAUUCCCAGGCAUUAUCUGCAUUCACUAAUCAUGUGGAAGAAGCCAGUUUUGCAGUCAAGUAUAUUUAAUAAACUGCAUUUGGCUGACAUAAGCUGAUAGUUGGGAUAUGUAAAGUGUUCCAUUCUGGAUGUGUUUUUGAUUUGCAUACCCCAACACCAUGGUCCUUAUGCCCAUUUACUGCGAAAUAAGCCCCAGGGGACUCAUUUACAUUUCAAGGAUGCAUGAAAAGGAUUCCGCUGAAAGCCAGAUCCCAGCAUAUUCAAAACAUUUUUAUGCUUCCAAAGCAGUAAUAAACAGUUUGAUGCUCCGUACUCUAUAAAACUGGAAUUCCAGUGUAGGAUAAACUACAAACCUAUUACAGAAGCGUACUUGAAUGAGGCAGUUCUGUGCUACACUUCAAGGAAAUACUAAUAGAUGCUGGAGUGAAAACAGAAAUUUAAUGGUGGGAUUCUGGUAAGGGCCGAAACAGCAUUAUAGAAUCCAGGUUUUUUAAAAAAUAAACAGCAAGCCUUUAGUAUUAUUUAAAGUUACAAUACACUUAAUAAAAAGGCACAAUGCGCUUACAGGUCUACAGAAAACGUUUUGUAGGUUAGUUUAAUGCACCUGUUGAUAAUACUGAAGUUUCAGAUCCAUUUUAUCAAAGCUCCUCUUGUUCACUGCGCUCAGAGGAUGAGACCCAACGAUUUAGAAUCAGUUCCUAGGGGGGAAAUUGAUAAUUAAAGCCUGAAAAGGAAUAAACAAAAAAACCCCAGCCUAUCUUUAUUUCCAGCUUCUUCCUGGGCCACAUGGCUUUUUUCGGUGAUAAAGGGCAAUAACAGAUAAAUGCAAAUCCUCAUCACGACAGCAUUACCACUAUGAUCUGGCUAGAUUUUCGGUUUUUAUCAUUACCCAUCUUGUUUCUCUCGCCCACACUCACAUCUUUCUACCAUCCUUUCCAUUCACUGAAACACAAUGUAAAUAAUAAUAAUAAUAAUAUUUAUAUCCCGCCUUUCCCUGAAAAAUGUUUAAGUAACUUCAGGGCGUGUUGGUUGUUGUACAAUGGUCCCCAAAUGUUUUGGGCUGCCACUCCUUUUCCUCUUUAACAACAACCUUAGCAUCCCCCCAUCGCUUUCUUGAUAUUAGGUCUACUGUCCUACUGCAAGUUCAAAACAACCGAUCUAGAACUGUAAAGUUAAACACACACAUGUAUAUCACAAAUAAAACUUAACUUUGUAAAACUA